AUGCACCGCGUUCUCCUCAUCAACGAGAUCAUCCUCACCGUUGCACACCACGUGCCCGCCGAUAAGGACCUCUCUGCCCUCGCCAGAGUAUGCAAGUCCUUCAGUAAUCCUGCUCUCGACGUCUUGUGGUCGGCCCUUGGUUCGAUUGUGCCGCUACUUCGGUGCUUGCCGUCCGACCUCAUCAAAGAGACCCUGCAUGAAGGAGGAUGCAUCGCGUCGUACACCCUCAAACGCCCUUUCACUGCCGCCGACUGGACCAUCUUGUGGAAGUACAGCUGGCGCGUCACUGCCCUCAACGGUAUCACCCGGGUUGGACCUGACGAAUCAGUCGAAUCCGAACGCGGCAUCGUCGAAGAGAGAAUUGAUCCCACUAUCUUUGGCGUUCUCUGCAGCCCUCCCGUUUCGCGCCUCUUUCCGAGGUUACGCAAGCUCGCAUGCGCAGAUGUUCAUGCUCGCGAUCCGCUGGCAUUCUUUCGGUCCUUGCUUGUUCCGUCGAUUACGGAGUUGAGUUUUUUCAACAGUCGCGUGCCUAUGGAUGUAUGCACCCAAAGCCUCAUCUCCCUUUUGCCGAGCAUCUGCCCUGCAGUACAACGUUUCUCCUGGCUGGGCUUACCCUCCUCUCCUGCUAAAUGGCCUGACGUUCUCUCUGCCGCUGCCUGUCACUGGGGCCGCCUCACGCAUCUGAGGUGUUUGGUUCUGAAUAGCAGCGCUUUGCAACAUCUGUCUUUGUCGAGAUUCCUCCAAGAACUAGACGUGACCCUCGAGGGCCAUUUCCCGGACGACUUGAGUCUCGGUCCCGAGGCGUUCCCAGUUAUUAGGACUUUGCGUUUAUCGAGCCCCCGUGGCAAAUCUCUCGCUAUCAUCUCGACAUUGUUGAGGAGAUCGAGGUUCUCGCCCACUAACCUGGCACUCUUUGCGGAUACGGCCAACGACGGUGCAAUAGCUGAGCUCAUCGAGGUCAUCUCAGCACACUGCUGUCGAUCUGUCCUUAGGUACCUGGAACUUACGGAACGGAACGACAUAUUGCCGCACCACCCAGCUCUGGCAUCUAUGACACGAUUGACACUCCUCCCUUUGUUCCAUUUUACCGCUCUUACGCACCUCAAAAUCUCUACCGGCCAUCUCGUUGCGCUCGAUGACCAAGACAUACUCAAGAUCGCCGGCGCGUUCGAGGAUCUUCAAGAACUUCAUAUCAACGACGGCUAUGGCUGGGGACCUCAUUCACGCAUCUCUUUACGCUGUCUACGAGCGCUCCUCGCUCGCGCACCAAACUUGAAGAGUCUCGCUGUUGCUAUCGACGGCGAGCACCCGCUGCUGAACAUAAUCGAAUACGCCGUCCCUACCAACGAGGCGACAUUCAGAUCGCCGCACGUGGCCUCUGGUGAUUUCUCUCUCAACCUACUAGACUCGCGGGUGACCAGCGACAAUCUUGUAAACGUUGCGGCAUUUCUCUCCGAUCUCUUUCCUAACGUGGUUGGUUUCGGUGCUUCCCCUAUAACGGUUCCGCGACGGGACGGGAAGCAAUAUCAGCGAUGGAGGUACGUUAUGGCGAUGAUGAACGUCAUGAGUCAGGCGACGCCCCCAUUAUCGUCGCUCUUCACGGUCGAUCCCUGGUUCAUCGAGCUUCUACGUUCGUCUAAGGGAUACACGCAAUGUCGUCAGCUUCUCAUCAAGUUCGUCGCCUACGACAAGCCCGGUCUCCAUGGACUUAUCGAGCACUUGCCUCACUCUGCCCCCUGCAUUGAAGUGUUUGCACUGUCCUCUCAUGCAGGCAUGGACACCCACCUUGCGCUUGCGUGUCUUCCCGAGGCGCUGCUCCGAGGCGCACCGCGCUUGCGCACGCUCGCGUUAGAAAACUGCACAAUCGAGACUUGGACGUCCUUCCCUUUGCCAUGGCUUAACGACAUUGAUCAUUGACGAGAUUGCUGGUGCUCGCAAUGCCUGUCC